AUGUCGACAACCACGCACAGUCCCGGUGGCUCUCGGCAACACAACGUUCCCAACCCUCAAGCUCUGGGGCCCACCCUGAAGGAGGUUGCACUGCUCUUCCUUGGUACAUGCCUAUUCAGCUACAUCAUGGCCAUCACCCACCCUUGGGAAGACAACCUCUACUGCAUUGCUACCUUGGUCGCCGGCUUUGGCUUCAUGUUCUGUGCGAUCUACAUUGCAGUCACCUCCAUACUCGAGUCCGUCAUCGUCCAGUAUGCACUGAACCGCACGAUGGCUGCCCUAGCCGAAACCAUCGAACGCGUUCCGGUCUACAUCGGUAACAUUCUCAACCGACUUGUGGUCCUCGCCAGACGCUUUGUGGCCGCCAGUAAGCGCAUGCCAGCCUACAUCGACGAUAUCAUCGCCUAUACCAAGGAUCUCAACGAACUGCAGAAGAUCAAGGAAGGUAGUAAGAAGUGGCUCAAGCAACAGCUCCGAGGCCCAGUUGAGAAGGUGAUGGAAUGGGUCGACGUCAACCGGAAGUUGAAAGAGCCCAUUCCCGCUUAUCCGCCAGUCCCUCAGUAUAUCACCGAGCUCUAUGAGCUAUUCAUGGAGAGACACAGCAGGGCACUCGUCGCGAGCAACAUGCCCAUCGAGACGUUCCUGACCUUGAUUUGCGCUCUUGGCAUGCUUCUCAAAGGUCCGUAUCAGCUGAGGACGACUAUGCUGGAUGUCUAUGUUGUGUUGUACUCUCGACUGCCGCCCGGUGGCGAUGGUGACUGCGAGAAGAUGCUCACACAGUACGUCCAAUCGUUCAACUUCAAGCUCUAUGAGUACAUUCGUGCCGGUGGUAUGAUGGGGUCGGUCCUCGAGACUCACGCCAUGGUGCAAGAGCUCGCUUCGUCAAUCAAGCAGAAGUGCCCGGGUUUGAUCGAGCUCACCCAAGCCAACGUCGAUACGGCCAUGAAGCACAUCGCUGCUGGCAGAGGAGUGAGCAAGAGUGUCAUCCCAGGCAAGGUAGGCAAAGGAGAAGACUUGCACCAGACCACGGUCACCGAGGAUGACUUGCCCGAGGAGUUCGAGCUGAUCUAA